GUAUUUCUAAGUCUACGGUCACUCAAUUUACUUUACUACCCAUUAUCGUUAAUUUCAGUGAUGGCAGUAAGGUCAGUGAAGCCUUUGAUUUCAGAAUCCAUGUUCGGUGACUGCCACGCUCGACAAGCCACAUUGGGUACCUUCUACAGGAAAACACAAUUCCAAGCUUCUGCGACAAAAAUGGCAUCCCCUAAAGCAGAAACCAACAAAAAUUCUGUCAAAGCCAAGACCAUCGAUUCACAUUUGCACAUUUGGGCAUCUCCUCAAGAGGCUGCUGAUAAAUAUCCUUACUUUCCCGGGCAAAACCCCACUUUGCCUGGACAUUUGGAUUUCUUGCUCCAGUGUAUGGAAGAAGCAAGUGUAGAUGGUGCACUGAUUGUCCAGCCCAUAAAUCACAAAUUUGAUCAUUCACUGGUGACGAGUGUCCUCAAGAAAUACCCCACCAAAUUUGUUGGUUGCUGCCUUGCAAAUCCUGCAGAAGAUGGAAAUGGGGUUAAGCAGCUUGAAGAUCUUAUUUUGAAGGAUGGUUAUCAAGCUGUUCGCUUUAAUCCUUAUCUAUGGCCUUCUGGUCAACGGAUGACAAAUGAAGUUGGCAAGGCAAUGUUUUCUAAAGCAGGAGAGCUUGGAGUGCCAGUGGGUUUCAUGUGCAUGAAGGGCCUCAAUCUUCAUAUUUCAGAUAUUAAGGAACUAUGCACAGAAUUUCCUUCAACAGUUACUUUGCUUGAUCAUUUGGCUUUUUGCAAACCACCAACAAAUAAUGAGGAAAAGCUUGCCUUCUCUGAGCUUUUAAAGCUCUCCAGAUUCCCACAGGUAUAUGUCAAAUUCAGUGCAUUGUUCAGGGUGUCAAGAAUGUCAUUCCCCUACCAGGAUUUAGUUCCACUUCUCGCUGAAGUUAUCUCAAGCUUUGGAGCAAACCGUGUCAUGUGGGGAAGUGAUUUCCCAUUUGUUGUUCCUGAAUGCGGAUAUAAAGCCGCAAAAGAAGCAGCAUAUCUUAUUGCGAGUCAGGCAUCUUCGUCAUCUUCCGAAGUAGUAUGGAUCAUGGGUAAAACAUUAAUGCAACUCUUUCAAGGUCAAUGGCUUCCUUAGGCAGGCAGAGAAUUUCUUUAAUGUCAAUGAGCUUGUCUCUAGUAAUUUGGAAUUUAGCUCAACUAAUUUAUGCAGUCAUUCUUAAGAAAUGACAUAUAAUAGGUUUGAAAUUCGAAUUCUAAUAUCUAUAAUUUCUUCUAUCUUCAGAUUGCAGCCUUUUUUAUACCUUUCUUUGUAUAAAAAAAAAAAUGACUUUAUCUCUAGUAAUAAGAACAUACUAAAUCUUUA